AUGACUGUCAUAGUGUUAGAUCGCAACUUUGGACGGAGAGAGACCCACGAGUUGCAUCUGGUUCGUAAUGUGUGGCCAAUUAUCAACCUGUGCAACACUCUGACGCAUAUAAUCGACGAAAGCUCGCCUCUCUAUCAUUUAUCAACAAGCGAAUUACUGUCAGGAGACCAUUUCUUCGUCGUGCUUUUCACAGGGCAGGACGACGUUAUCAGUGACACGAUGGUCGCUCGAAAGGCGUAUCACGCCUGCGACAUCCUAGUUGAUCACCACUUUGAAGAUAACAUCACGCUGACACCUGACGGCCUGUACAUCGACCUGGACGCCAUCAACGCCACAUACUGCGAUUCCGAUUUAAACCCGAUUGAGGAGCCAGAUAGGAGCUUCGGCAAGUUCGGCGACAUCCUCGAGAAUCUGACGACGUUCCUGGCUACGACAUUGGCGGAGCACCCCAAAGUGACUGAGUCCCACGUGCUCGAAGACCGUGGCCGGCCUUGCAAUUUUCUGCAUUUCGGCAUUAUCCACGUUGGGGAGCCGGACGAUAUUACUACUAGCCUACCACUAGAGGACAUGUUGAAGACGCUGCAGGCUGUGGACCCUCGGGUCGAUAUUUCGACUGAUCCGGGUCGCUACAUCUGCAACUACGUAUACUACCGGUCGCUGGUGUGGGUCAAACGCCAAGAGGCUAAGGGUCACCCGAAGCACCUAGCGCUGUUCGUGCACGUGCCUGAGUUCCGGAACGUGGCGUUCAAUGACCAGGUCGCACUCGCCUCCAAGAUCGUCGACCUGGUGGCCAACCUGUAA